UUGCCAGUAGCAGCACUGGUUCAGACACCGUUCACAUUCAACAUUACCUUUCUCAGCAAUUUGAGCAACUUGUGUGUUGGAUCUGACCACACAUGCCAGCCUUUGCUAGCCUGCUCCUACCAUACUCUCGCACAUUCAUAAUGUACAGAGAGUCUGUCCACUUCCAUUUCCAAGCCUGAACUUCCUUGAAUGCGGAUUCUCUGUUAAUGUUUAAAACUAUUGGAUCUGCCCAGAGCCACUCAGAUCUGCCAUAACCAGUUUCUAACAUUUGGUCGUGACGUGACAUGCUCAAACUAGCGCACGACCUCAACAUCAUCGUUCUCAGCUACUCCCUCUGUUCAAUGAUUGGACCUGCACAUUUUUGUCUUGAGAAAACCUGCGAAUAUACCGCAGAUCCAGACUACGUAUGAAGUGAAAGAAAACUGAACGGAAGUCCGUAGGAAGGUGGAGCCAGGCUAAGCCUGCGCUCCCCAUGUGCAUCAAUGAGUGAACCUUGACCUCCCAUGACCCUGUCACUACUUUUCCUCCUGGGCCACAUUUGAUCCGGACAACUGCUGACUGGGAAACCCCACACUUCAGGGGGCACCUCAAGCCAGAAUCAUGAAAUCAGGAACUUUUUUGAACAUGUGAAAGUGCCUGUAUGGCUUGUGGGAAAGAACUGUUUAUCUGUUUUUGUCAUCACCGUAUGCCAUCUACGUAGUUGAGUAUGCAGACCUUGUUUUUUUUUUAUCUUGAUAUCUGUCAGGGUUUUUGCCAUCAUCUCCUUAUGUGUGUGUGUGUGUGUGUGUGUGUAUGUGUGUAUGUGUGUGUGUGUGUGUGUGUGUGUGUGUGUGUGUGUGUGUGUGUGUGCGUGUGCGUGUGCGUGUGCGUGUGUGUAUGUGUGUGUCCUGUGGUCCUGCAGCUAAGGAAUGCGAGAAACACGUUUGCAAAUGAUUUAUCUGAUCUUGACGAUCUGAUGUUGCCCAAAAGGACAACCCAAAAUCCACACGGUCACCUACCCUAGAGAUAUAUAUAAAUGAAGCAUCAUGAUCAGACUUCUCAGACCUCUCAACUGUGCUCAAUUCUGAAGGAUAUUACAUUACAAAAAAAGUUUCUUCUGAGUGUUUCUUCAGCAUUUACCAACUGCAUAGAGAUUGGAUCCUUCAAAAGGAAAAAUGUGGCCAAAGGCAGCUAUUGUGUUUGUGGUGAUACUUGCAUCACAUUAUACAAAGGCACAAACAACAAAUACUGCUGAAACUGGGAUGACACAAACAGCCAUGGACGGGACAACACAAGCAGCUGAAACUGGGGAAACACAAGCGACCAUGGACGGGGCAACACAAGCAGCUGAAACUGGGGAAACACAAGCGACCAUGGACGGGGCAACACAAGCAGCUGAAACUGGCGUAACACAAGCAACCAUGGACGGGGCAACACAAGCGACCAUGGACGGGGCGACACAAGCAACCAAGGACGGGGCAACACAAGCAGCUGAAACUGGCGUAACACAAGCAACCAUGGAUGGUGCAACACAAGCAGCUGAAACUGGCGUAACACAAGCAACCAUGGACGGUGCAACACAAGCAGCUGAAACUGGGGGAACACAAGCCACCAUGGACGGGGCAACACAAUCAGCUGAAACUGGCGUAACACAAGCGACCAUGGACGGGGCAACACAAGCAACCAUGGACGGGGCAACACAAUCAGCUGAAACUGGCGUAACACAAGCAACCAUGAACGGGGCGACACAAGCAACCAUGGACGGGGCAACACAAUCAGCUGAAACUGGCGUAACACAAGCAACCAUGGACGGGGCAACACAAGCGACCAUGGACGGGGCAACACAAGCAGAUGAAACUGGCGUAACACAAGCAACCAUGGAUGGGGCAACACAAGAAGCUGAAACUGGGGCAACACAAACAACCAUGGACGGGACAACACAAGAAGCUGAAACUGGGGCAACACAAACAACCAUGGAUGGGGCAACACAAGAAGCUGAAACUGGGGCAACACAAGCAACCAUUGAUGGUUCAACAUCCACGCAAGCAGACAGGGCAACACCAACACAAGCAGACGAGGCAACACAAGCAUCUGAAACUGGGGGAACACAAGCAACCAUUGAUGGUUCAACAUCCACGCAAGCAGACGGGGCAACACAAGCAGCUGAAACUGGGGCAACAGAAGCACCCACAGAUGGCACAACACAAGCAACUACAACUGGAGUAACACAACAAGCUACAACCGCAGGAACACAAGAAGCUACAACUAGAGUAACACAAGCAGAUACACCUGGAAUAACCCAAACAACUACAUCUGGAGUAACACAAUCAAACGCAACUGGAACGACAGAAUCAACCACAACUGAAGCAGUACAAUCCAACACGACUGAAGUGACACAAUCAACAACUACUAUAGCCACUACAACACCUAUACCUCAACCGGCUCCGGCUAUUAUUGUAUUUCGGGCUGUUAUUGCCAUAGUAUUUACGCCAGCUCUUAACAACCCUGAGAGCCCAGAGUUCCGGCAGGAGGCAUUACAGGUUGAAAGCGCAUGUGAUGUGAUCUACAGAGCACGUUAUGGUGCAUUGUUUGUGCAGACUAUUGUCAUAGCGUUCAGGCUGUCAACUCGUAACCGAAUGGACAACGUCGAGACAGAUGUUGAACUUGUCUUCAAUGCGGAGUCAACAGAACCCCUUCCUCAAAGUGACGAUGUGGUUGAUACCUUGGUUGCCGCAGUGGAAGACCCCAAUUCAGGCUUUGAUCUGCCUGUGGAUACUAGUUCCGUUAUUGUUACAAGUGCACCUCGCUCAACGGCCAUUCCUCAAUUCCGCACCAGUGAAACAUUUACUGCUGAUCUUGCCAACUCCAGUUCCGCUGCCUUCCAGAACAGAUCUUCACUCAUCAAAAGAGAGCUUGAGCCCUUUUUCACUGAAGACUUCCAACCAGAUUUCAUCAGCCUCACACCAAGAAACUUCAGCAAUGGCUCAAUCAUCCACUCGACGGACAUUACUCUGACUGACAAUGCCACAUUCCCCAGUGAUACGGAGAUAAUAGCUACUUUGAUUAGAGCUGAAAGGAGUGGAGCAUUGUCAUUUACCAUUAUCUCCAUCAAUGGCACAGAUGUACCACCAUUAACCACAACUGGACCACCACAAUCAAACACAACUCAAGUAACACAGUCAACCACAAAUGGAACAACACAAUCAACCACAAAUGGAACAACACAAUCGACCACAAAUGGAACGACACAAUCAACCACAAAUGGAACGACACAAUCGACCACAAAUGGAACGACACAAUCAACCACAAAUGGAACAACAGAAGCAGCCACAAACACAACUUCUUCACCUGCCACCACUAAUACAACUAAUACAACCACAUCUCCUACCACAACUAUAACAACCCAAGCCCCUACUACAACUACCCAAGGCCCUACAACAACAACCCAAGCCCCUACAACGACAACCCAAGCCCCUACAACAACAACUACUACGCCUACAACAAUCACAACAACCCAAGCCCCUACUACUUCAACCACCACAGCCACUACAAUUACCACAACUACAACUCGUCCGGCUCCUAUUAUUGAAUUGCGGGCUGUUAUUGUCAUCGUAUUUACGGAAGCUCUUACCAACUCCCAAAGCCCAGAGUUCCAACAGCAAGCACUAGCUGUUCAAAAUCCAUGUGAUGUGAUCUAUAAUGCACGUUACGGUACAUUGUUUGUGCGGACUAUUGUUACAGCGUUCAGGCUGUCUUCUCGUAACCGAAUGGACAAUGUUGAGACAGAUAUUCAGCUUGUGUUCAAUGCUGAUUCAACAGAACCUCUUCCUCAAAGUGACGAUGUGGUUCAAACCCUGGUUACCGCAGUGAAUUCAGGCUUUGAGCUGCCUGUGGAUCCUAAUUCCAUUGUUGUUACAAGUGCCCCCAUCUCAUCAACCAUUCCCCAAUUCCGCACUGAUGACACUUUUACUGCUAUUCUUUCUGACACCACUUCCAAUGCCUUCCGUGCCAGAUCCACACUCAUCAAAACAGAGCUUGAACCGUUUUUCCUUGAAGAUUUCCAAGAUUUCAUAAGCCUCACGCCAACAAGCUUCAGCAAUGGUUCAAUUAUUCAUUCAACAAACCUUACUGUGACUGCCGAUGGCGCAAUCCCCGAUGACACACAGAUUAUUGCCACAUUGACUAGAGCUGCGCGGAGUGGAAAGGUGUCAUUUACCAUCAUCUCCAUCAAUGGCACAGCGUUGUCAGCUGGUGAAGUCAGCAGCAGUGUUAACCUCCUGAGUGCCUGUGGACUCACCCUCAUAUCGCUCCUUGUGGCUCAACCCUGGUAGACCCAGAGAUCUCUCACUUUUAAACUUGUUCACAGAGAACCUACUGUCAUCAUGAAGUGGAAGUUUUUCACCUUCUCUGGCACUAUCUCAUCCCAUCACUAUUAGGGUAGAAAACUAUUUAUCUCAUAUCCCACUUACCUUGAAAUGUUGACAUUUUCUGAACAUGUAUAGUAUUACACUAUUUAAUAUAUUUUCAUAUAUAAUGUAAUACAAUGUUUACAUGUAUACUAUCAUACUUACUGUACAUUCUAAAUGGCCAAGAAAUGUGAUUAAGUAACUGUUUUUUAAUGUGUAAUCUACAAUUAUUUGACUAUGUAAAGCAAGCACUUGACAAACUAUUGCACAAUUAACACUUUGUGACUCAUUCCUUCUUGUAGUCCAUACAGAGAAUGUGUUUUGUUAAAUGUUUUGAUUAGUUUAUUAUUAUUAUUAAUAAUAAUAAUACUAACAAUAACAACAACAACAAUAAUAAUAAUAAUAAUAAUAAUAAUAAUAAUAAUAAUAAUAAUAAUAAUAAUAACAAUAAUAAUGUUGUUAUAAUUUCAUUAAAAUUUACUUUGUGAAUAGUUUGGGGAUCUACAGAACGUUCCCUCUGUAAGCCUGGCAAAAGAUGCACCUCAGGAAUAAUUGUGUUUGGCCAAGGAAAAGUUUAAUUGUGUCUAGAACAUUAGGACAGAACUGUGAAGCAGUGGUAAAUAUUGCAAGAUACUAUGAUUAAUCUCACUGCAUAAAAUUAAGAAACUGACCUCAAUUAAUUACCAAGUUGUUUAUCAGUUAUAGCAGGGUAGUUUCAAGGUAUAUAAGAAGAGAUACAUGAAUUGUGGUUGUGGUCAACAUCAACCAAACAGAUCAACAGAUUAUCAGUUAUCACUUUACCAAUACAGUUAGAGUCCAGGUAUUUCCCUGUGAUCCAGGAGGGUCAUAAUAUUGCUUGAAGCCCCCAGAAGGGCGAAAUCAACCGAGACCAUCCGGCAGCUAAAAACAGAUUUUGCAUAAACAGGGACACGAUGAUUACAAGGGAUUCUGCCAUUAUGGAGAACUUUCCACCGAUGUCGGUAUGCAAAUUCCAGCCUUGCACAUCUAGCCUUUGUGUGUGUGUGUUUUUCAAUUAUGAAAAAUUGUUGAUGCAGAGUUGACUGUUUACACAUCGUAUUAUUAUAGGCAACCUGAAAGGACAAUGAUAAUAAGGUCUUUGGCAAGCCCAUGCAAAUGUUCAAUAAUGUCUUAAAGGAAUAGUUCGGUAUUUUACACUUUAAGCCCGUUUUCUGUAUUGCCUAGCAUGAAAACGAGUGUUAGACACCGAAAUUUCGAUGAUUGAGCCUGUUUCUGGAAUUUGGCAGCUUUAGAAUAGAGCUCUGCAUGGUAUGGUAUUUAAAAAUGUGCAGCUCACCGAGUGGUUACUGGUCUUCAACAAUCUUCUAUAGCAAAUUUCGCAAUGAAAUUCAAAUUCUCUUGUGUUAUAUUAGGCACACACGGUUGAAAAAGUACUUCCGAAAUUUCGAAAAUCCCUGAUAACAGAUGACAGAAGCUGUAUUUUGCCAAGAAAUAUAUUCCCUCCAUAUGAAUGGUUGCCAUGCAACAACGAGACGCAGCCACUCUUUUUCAAACUUUUGUGCUAGUUUUGUGCUAGCGCAUUACUAGAACGAAAUGCAGUCAAGGUGUGUGUUUAUCAUCCUAUAUACAACGGCAUAUUCAGCCAAUCAUAAUCAAGGACCGGAACUAUCCGUUUUAAAAAAACGCAACAGAGUGAAAGGAGGAUGAAAUGAAGGCCAGGCCAGAACAGGUUGAAUUGAGACUCCGUAAUGCAAUCAUUUCACGCCACAAUAGUGAUGCAUGAGCAUCUCAAUCUCAAGCACCCCGGAGGUGCUAUCUAAUGUUGGUGAUGAUGGGUAUAUUUUAGCGAUUAACUAUUUCAAUGAUUGAUGGCUUUGUGUCAAGUAGCUAAAAUUUUAGAUUCUUGCACUUAUGUUUACGUAUCGGAAAAUAAGUUGUCAAGGAUGAAUGUUAUCAUGCUAGCUAACAUAUUGCAAUAGAACAGUGAAUGAUAGGACUAGCUUUAUUCUUUCUAACUUUUGUUCAUUUCAAUAAUGCUAAGCGUGUUCAUUCUGCAUUUAGCAAGAUCAAACUAUGAUAAGGUGGCUUACAGCUUUUUUAGUAGCACAAACACAUUUUUGGCUUACUUGCAUAUUUGCGCAUUAUACUUUAUUUAACAGAUUACUUACACUUUAAUUUGUGUUAAUACAUAUUUAUUUAUUGAUUGAUUUUUUGGGGAGGGUAUCAGACAAAUCUAUAUAUUAGAAAUUAGAAUGAGCAUUCCUGGGGACUCAUGACUGUGAGUUAACCAACAUUAUGGUGCAUGGUGAUGGGCAUGACCUUGAAAUAAUUGAUCCCGGAUAACCAAUCACAUUGAUAAGGAUUUCCUAACGUUCCUUAACUUUACUAACUGACAAUGAAGAACAUUAGCACUCAAGAAACAAUGUAUUUAGGCCUACCUUUGCUGUAAAUAAAUGAACAAAUUCUUCUGA